UCCGUUGCCAUUCUCACUCGACUUUUCAUCCAACUUGACUUAAUCCUUGUUGCUCUCAGGGCACGUUUGACUUUUUUCCUGGAAAAAAAAAAAAAAAAAAAAAAAAAAAUUGUUUGUGAAAACAAUAAUACAGAUUAUAAGUGCUCGGAAAUAUCAGGAUAGAAAAAAAUAAAAAUAAAAAAAAUAACAAUGCGCAUUGAAGAACUUAUCAUUGAUGGAUUCAAGAGUUACGCCACCCGCACAUCCAUUACUGGCUGGGAUCCAGAAUUCAAUGCAAUUACUGGACUGAAUGGCUCCGGAAAGUCAAAUAUCUUGGACGCUAUCUGCUUCGUCCUUGGUAUCACCAAUUGGUCUCAGGUGCGUGCAAGUAGUAUCCAGGAUUUGAUUUAUAAACGAGGCCAAGCUGGAGUUACCAAAGCAUCUGUCACUGUUGUUUUCAAUAAUCAAGAUCGGGAGCAAAGCCCUGUGGGAUUUGAAAGUAGUAAACAAAUCACCAUCACUCGCCAGAUUCUGAUUGGAGGCCGGAGCAAAUUUCUGGUGAAUGGACAUACAGCGCAACAACAAGUUGUUCAGACCCUGUUUCAAUCAGUACAACUUAACAUCAACAAUCCACAUUUCCUGAUUAUGCAAGGAAAGAUCACUAAGGUCCUUAACAUGAAACCACCAGAAAUCUUAUCCAUGAUUGAGGAAGCGGCAGGGACUCGCAUGUUUGAGGAGAGGAAAGACAAAGCUUUGAAAACCAUGGCCAAAAAGGAAAAGAAAGUCGCAGAAAUUACGCAACUACUUGCAGAAGAGAUUAUCCCUAAGCUCGACAAACUUAGAGCAGAAAAAAGGGCGUAUCUAGAGUUCCAAAAGACACAGACUGAGAUCGAGCGGCUAUCACGAAUUGUCGUCUCGUUCGAUUACUCACGCUACGAGCAACGUUACUCAAAAUCGAAGCAUGACUUGGAGACAAAGCUUGCCUUGAUAGAUCAAAAGUCGGCUGAAAUUGAACAGCUACAAUCCGCCAUUUCCAACAUCGCCCAGCACAUUGAAACCAUUACAGCCAAUCGACUCAAGGAGAUGACUCAAGGCGGCAAAUUUCAAACACUCGAUGCAACUGUUAAAGAUCUUUCAAAGGAAAUUGUUAAAGUGAAGACACAGAGGGAUCUCAAAGACAAAGAGGCUCAAGAGGAAGAACAAAACCAUUCCGGUCUAUUAUCAACUCUGAAGGAGACUGAAAAAACUCUUCAUGAAAAACGAGUUGAAUUCGAAAAACUUCAGGUGACUUAUAAUGAUCUAAGACGCAAGCAUGACGAACAACAAGAACAAGUGCGCAUGAACGAGGAGCUCAUUCAGACGCUCUCGACCGGUUUAGCAGCUGAGGAAGGUCAUGAAAAUGGUUAUAUGGAGCAACUUCAGAGGGUAAAGGCAUCUGCAGCACAGGCCACAACGCUGGUAGAUCAGUCGAGAUUGAAGCUAAAGCAUCUUGAGACGGAGCUGUCUGAGAAGCGCAAACAGGCAUCGUUAGCACAAAAAAAUAACAAAGAUCUUAGUGCAGGGCUUUCAGCGGCAAAGCAGCAAGUGAAGCAGCUGGAGGAGACUUUGCAUAGGCAAUCAUUUGAUCCUGAACAAGAACGGGCACUGCAGAUGGAGAAAGCAGCACAAUCUGAUGCUAUUGCGAAACUAUCUGAAAAAAUCGAAACCACGUCGCGCAAGGUUGCUGGCCUUGACUUUCAGUAUUCAAACCCUACACCUAACUUUGAUCGGACUUCUGUUAAAGGCCUCGUUGCUGAAUUAUUCACUGUGCUUCCAGAACAUGCCAAUGCUGCUACGGCUUUGGAAAUUUGUGCAGGUGGUCGCCUUUACAACGUCGUUGUUGAUAACGAAAUAGUCGGUUCUCAGUUGCUUCAGAACGGAAAGCUUCGCAAACGUGUCACGAUUAUUCCUUUAAACAAAAUUACCGCUUUUAGAGCGCAUGCCCAGAAAAUUGCUACUGCACAAAGACUGGCACCCGAAAAAGUUAAUUUAGCUCUCACCCUGAUCGGCUAUGAGGAUCAAUUAGAAACAGCUAUGGCUUACGUCUUUGGAAAUACACUCAUCUGUGCCGAUGCGGAUUCGGCAAAGAAAGUAACAUUUCAUCAAGAGGUUCGGAUGAAGUCUGUGACACUAGAGGGAGAUGUUUAUGACCCAAGUGGGACGUUGCAGGGUGGCUCAAGACCAACUGGAGGUGGAAUCCUUGCUAGUCUUCAAGAGAUUCAUGCAUUGAAGAACCAAUUGAAUGAACAUCGCCAGCAACUACAAAAAAUUAAUCAGCAGCUUUCGAAUAUAUCUCAAGCUGCCAGAGCAUAUGCAGAACUAAAGCAAAAGAUUGAGCUUAAAACUCACGAGCUUCGGUUGUGCGAGCAACAGCUCUCUGGCAGUGAGCAUGUUCAGUUGAUGGAGCAAACUGAGAGAUUAGAGAAGGAAAUUAAGGCCUUAAGAGCAGGAAUCGAAGAUGGUAACCACAAGAAAGCAGAAGCAGUCAAGCGUUGCCAAGAAAUCGAAAAGGAAAUGAAGGAUUUCAAGAAAAACAAGGACGGUAAACUUCACGAACUCAUGCAAAAACUGGCAAAAUCAAAGGCUGAACUCACUAAAAAUGCACCUCGUGUUAAGGCAAUGCAGAGAGAGCAUCAAACAUUUGUGUUGGAGCUGGAACAACUUGAGAAGGACGUUAAAGGUGCAAGCCAAGAGUUGUCAGAAAGCAAGUCAGUAAUCUCCAAGUUUAAGGAUGAGCGUGAUCGACUUCAAGAACAACUAGUCAUGCUCGAGUCUUCGCUGGAGAAGACUCAGUUAGAAUUUGAGCGUGAGAAAGCUCAGCUUAAUGCCUACGAUGAAGAACUUAAAGAGCUCGAAGCUCUCUCAAAGCAAAAAGCUAAAGUUGUAGCUGAAAGUAGGCUUGAAAUCCAAAACUUGACACAUGAAACAGAUCGUCUCUCCAAAGAGAAUAACUCACUAUUGAAUGCCAUUAAUGAUCUCGAGGGAUCCCAUGACUGGAUUCAUGAUCAAAAACUGUGAGUCACUUUUUCGUUGUUUUAUUUCAUUUAGUGACCAUAUAUGUAUACAUGCAGCUCAUU